AUGAACAAUAAGGUUACCUGGACACCAGGACAGAUCCAGCCGCUUUGGGACCAGGUAGAAGUGAAGCCUACGGCACAGCUGGGUGCUGACCAGGGAGUUUCAGCUUCUACUGAUGUCUCCAGUUCAUUGACAGCUGCCAGUGUGGAUAUAUGCCAACGUGGCUUACACCACCAGCAGCAAUAUUGUCCUCUCGUCAUUUCUUCAAAACUGGAUGAUAACUGGGAACUGCUCAUUGUUUGUGCUGAUCUAAGGCUGGUGAAUGCCCAGAAUGAUGAGGAGCAGGAGGCUCUGCUAUCACUGGACAAGCCUGGCUGGUAUUCCCAAGGUAACGCUAUCCAGCUUUAUGAACUACUCAAGAAGAUGACUGGCAAGUUGGAUCCCAAGGUUGUUUAUUUUGGUGACAGCAUGCACUCAGAUAUUUUCCCAGCACGUCACUAUAGCAACUGGGAAACCGUCUUCAUCUUAGAGGAGCUUCUAGGGGACAAAGUUACGGUGUCUGUGGAGGCUGAAUCGGAGCCCUUGGAGAAGAAAGGAAAAUAUGAGGGUGAUCAGCUCAAAGCUCCUUACUUUGUGUCUAAACAGUGGGGUUCUUUCUUCAUGGACAGAUUGCCAGGUCUGGAAAAUGCAGAGGAAACCUUAGUUCACACGUGGUCCUGUAAAUGUAUUAGCACUUACAGCACUAUUGCAAUCCCUAGUCUUGAAGCAAUAGCAGAUUUACCACUGGAUUAUAGAUUUACACGAUUUUCCUCAAAUAGCUCAGCAACUGCCGGGUACUACCCAAGCCCUCCAAGAGCACUGCUGCCAAAUGAGGAGUCAGUGACUAUGCAAUAG